UAAUAUUAUAUAACUUUUUCAGAAUGGAUUUAUAAUGAUGCAGUUUUGAAGCUGUUAGGACAGAGGGAAAUUUGAAAAGAUGAUGGCAACAAUGGAUUUAGGGGCCCAAGGGGUCACUGAGGAGAUGACAGAAUUGGCAGAGUAUAUAAAGGAGAGGAUAUGGCAAGAUCCUCUGGCAGCUGAUCUGCAGUGGAGUCUAUUUCUGGCAGCUUUGAAAAGUUACAGAUGCGAUUCUGUUCUGCGGCCAUUUCCACCAAUGUUUGUCGGGGAAGAUGAUGAAAAAGAUCUGAAAGCACUGCAUGCAGUAGUAGAUGAUGUUCCGGCAUUGUCCCGUUUGUCAAGGGAAUGUUACAAACAGCCCACAAAACUACUUGAAUUGAUCAAAUGGGUACUUGAUGCGAGGGCCUUCUCUCUGGCAUCUGUCAACAAAAACAAGUUACAAGAAAUACGCAAGUUGACGGGCCACACAGUAAAGGUUCCAGAACCAAAGUACAUCUUUGAAGUCUCACCAAGUGCCGUUGCUGAUGAAAAAUUUCUACAUCUGCAGGGUGAUCGAGAUUUGUUAUAUGCUUAUCAUGGAAGUCGACUCGAAAAUUUUUAUUCUAUUUUGCAAAAUGGUCUUGCAUCACAUAUGAAUAAGAUUUCAGUCUUUGGAGAAGGGACCUAUCUAUCAAGUGAACUGUCUGUAUCGAUGAUCUAUAGCCCAGAUGGUGCAGGUUGGGAUCACUCUGAGCUGGGAAACAGACUGAGCUGUAUUGCUGUUUGUGAAAUGAUAGAUGAUCCAUCAGUGAAAUGUCAGGCUAAACCCUAUGCAGAAGAUAUGAAACAUGUUCCUGGUGGCACGCCAGUGCGUUCUCGUGCAAAUGCAGGCCCUAGCGAAGGUGGUGAUGUGCCUGAGAAAUACUAUGUUGUACAAAAUAAUGAGGUUAUCCGGGUCAAAUACCUCCUAGUCUAUGCAAACAAAACUACUUCACAUAAAUCACAAAGAAUGCGGGGACAGUCGUGGUUCAUACAAUACAAGUUUUCAUUAAUGAUGUUUGCCUAUAUUGUCAUACUUUGUGCAAUAGGUCUGAUGAAUUCACAGACAUUUCAGUCAAUGUGGAGACGGAUGUGGCGCCCUAGAUAAUCUAUGGAAACCUAUUUUGAAAUACUACGAAAUUGUUUCAUUUUUAUUGACAUAAUUUUUUUUGGUUUUAGCCAGAAUGGCUAGUUUUGAGGGAUUUGAGAUUUUUUAAGUUACAAAUUUAAAGAUCUAUAGAUUUCAGAUUCAAAAGAUAAUUUUAAUAUGAUAAGUGGGAAUUUUAUUUGCUUGUAAAAUUUUAUUUCGUGGAUUGAGGAAAUGGAGACCUACAUAAAUAAUUUCCCCUAAAAUAAUAAUGAUUUCAUAGUUUAUAUAUAGUGAUAACAGAAAUCCAGAAAAAAAACAGUAUUUUCUUCAUUAUUUACUGCUGCUCUACUUUAGAGUGACCAUCUCAAAAGUGAAAAUUGGUCACUGUGACAUUAGAGAUAUUUUUUGAGGAAUAUACUCUGGGAAUAUUUCAGAAUAUAAGAAUCUGUUUAAAGAACUUGAGUUCAAAAAGUCUAUGUAAUUUUGUGUUAUUUUUUUGUAAAACAAAGUGGCAAGGUUAUUUAUGUCACUUGCAUUAUGUGCAUUUAAACUUACAUGUAUUCUGACAACUUACUUUUUAAAGUUUUAUAGCUAAUUAUUCCACCUGAAGCCUGACAUCAUUGAUAAGUAUUCUCGCCUUUUCUACUGAUUAAUUUUGUUUUCUUCAUAUUUCUGUCAUAUAUGACAAGGUCAAUAACUCCAGCAGUAUAUUUCUGAAUUACACCCUUUCUUCCUUUGAGCUUAAGUUUCUAGCACUUUCCAAAGUAAACAUAUUUGUUAUAUGAAACAGACAAAUCAACAAAUACAUGCAUUUUGAUAGGGCCUAUGUAUACAGCUCUCUGUGCACUAGUUAUUGUCAAGCUUAAGUUGAAGCUGCUUAACUGCACUCUGAUUAUUUUGCAAAGGCUAAAUACAGUUUGAUCCUGCCAUAGCAGCCAUCUGUGUUUAACAACCACUUAUGUUAAGCUGCCAAUCAGCUACCUUCCUAACUUGACUUCUUUUUUCUGUGCUUAAUACGGGUUUGCAUGUACAUUAAAAAAUAGGUUUAAUUAAUAAUUUUCUACAAAAAUGUAUGGACAGGGACUGUACUCUCAGGUACAUGUAUUAUGUCUGUUGAUUGUUUGAUAUCUUUAUUCACUUCCAAGACCAAUAUUGAUUUAGGUAUGUUUAUAACUAUUGAAGGCACACCAUUGCUAAUUAGUUAAGCCACCUGUAAGAAUUGGAACCAGUGCCUUACCCUUGCAUGAUCGUAAGAGGCGACUAAUAGGGUCUUAACACUUGGUUUUUCAGUAACUCUGUGAUUCCAGCAGGUAUGCAAAUUUUGAUUCCAUACCUCAUGUUUUUAUUUCGAUGUAAAUGAGAUGUGGAACCAAAUUUUGUAGUCCCGUUUGGUGCCAUAUAACCUUUACUGUGUUGGUGUGCCGUAAAACCCAAAUAAAUACAUGUAUAUUUUUACUUAAAAUGAAACCUUGUAUUAAUUUCACACGUCCUCCAUUCCAUCUAGGGAAGAUGUCAUUUAUUGUUAAACAUUCAGUGACUAAUGUGUCUGUGGUCAUUGGAUGACCCCUAUUGUUUUUGAGGUCAAGGUAGUGGUGACCUUGAGACUGGAAAUUGUUUCGAACCAAUAAAAAAUCGAAACUGCUUUGGCCUUAGACUGUCAAACUUAAUAGAAUUAUUGCUUGUUUUCAGAAGAUAACCCUAAUAUGUCUGUGGUUAUUUUUGAGGUCAAGUUAGCAAUCACUUCCAUUCUGGAAAUGGUUUCUGAUCAGUAAUUGGAGAAUGCUUUGGUCUAGGACUUUCAAACUUUGUAUCAUGAUUGUCUGUGGUCAGUGCAUGACCUCUGUUACUUUGGAGAUCAAAGAUCAAAAUCAUGGUGAACUGAAGCUUAAAAUGGUUUAGGAUCUAUAGCUGAAGGGCACAUAGGCCAACAUCUGUCGAAGUUAAUAGCAGGAUUUUCUAUAGUGAGUGGACGAGUCCUUUUGUCGUUGAGUUAAUGAGGUCAAAAGUCAAGGUCACAGUAUACUUGAGACUGACAGUUACACACCAUGUUACCUCAGACAGGCAGUUCAUGGGCGCUGGACUGAUAGUUAUAUACAAUGUUACCUCAUACAGGUGAUCAUGGGGGCAGUAUAUGUUUUGCAAAUAUCUCUUCUAUUUUUGUAGUGUUAUAUGUUAUAAAGAGCAGCAAUGUUACAAGUAAUGCUCCUGAAAUGUACAAAGUGUAACGACAGUUACGAGGUCAGUUACACUGUGUUUUGAAAUCCCUCCAGAAAUCCACAUGCUGUUGAUUUAAGAUUUACUUGUUAUCCAUGUCAGCUGACACAGCUGGUACUUUUACAAAAGAACUUCCUGUUACUGGUAUUUAUGGCAACAAAAUGUUGACAUUGAUAUAAAUAUGAUUUUUUUUAAUUAUGAUUUUUAGUAUGUCUUAAAAUUUUAAUGUUUAUCUAUUUAACCUAUUGGUUUUUUGCAUAAUAUGCAAUUUGUGGGGAUUGAUUAUAUUGGAUUACAUUUUGUUUUAGGGAAAAUUGACAACUAUGCAUGUGAUAUAGAUAUAUAUUCAUUUUGAAUUUUAUAAUUAUAUUUGAUUUUCAUUCAUAUAAUAUGUAAGGUAUUGAGGUAUGUUUUAUGUACAUGUAAGACAAAAUCCCCAAUGUUCAGUUUGGCCAAGGUGGAAAAAAAACUUUCCAUUUGAUUUGUUUAGUAAUAUUGAUAUGAUAAUUACAAAAAUGAUACACUUACUAUAAAUUUAUACUGCUAAGUUAAUAAUUAUCCUGGGAGCCUCCAAGGCUGAGUGGUUGAGCUUGCUGACUUCAAAUCACUUGCCCCUCAUCAAUGUGGGUUCAAGCCUCACUCGCGACAUUGAAUUUUUCAUGUGAAGAAGCCAUCCAGCUGGCUUACGAAAUGUCGGUGGUUCUACCCAGGUGCCCACUUGUGACAAAAUAAUGCACAGAGGGGC